AUAUAUUUGAUGGUGUUACUCCUCCGCAUCUCGUGAAAGAUUAUCGGCGCCAGACGUAAUUAUAUUCGACUCGAAUUACUACAAAUAAAUCCGAGUGAAUCGGGGAAAAAACAGUAGAAGGAGGUAAAGUAAAUGUGCCCGAGGUGUUUCGUCUUUUUUUCCUUUUUUAUUCCCCUUUUUUUUAUGGUCGAAGGUUGAGGGAAAAAAAUGAUGAAAUAUUUUGGAUUCACUUUAUCGGAUUUGAACUCAUUUUCUAACAUAACCCGCUUGUUAAAUCGUCCUUGUGAUCCUUCCAGUUUAGCAGUAAUGAGAAUCUUUUUCGGAAUCGUAAUGAUUUUAGACAUUCCAGACGAACGAGGUUUGUCCAUUGCAGAUUCGAGAUGGGGUGAUCCAUUGAAAUGUCGAUUUCCAAUGUUCGAUUCGAUCUCUCCUUUACCAUUAAAAUGGAUGUGCAUGGUCUAUUUACUCAUGCUAACAGGAGCAUUUGGGAUUAUGAUUGGAGCCUUCUAUAAAUUAAGUUGCCUUCUAUUUUUGAUACCUUACUGGUAUUUAUUCCUCUUGGAUAAGACUCGAUGGAAUAAUCAUUCGUAUCUCUACGGAUGGUUAGGAUUUCUUUUAUUUCUUAGCGAUGCUAACAAAUGCUGGAGUUUUGACGGUUGGUGGAACCUUAAACAUAAUCAUACUCACGUCCCAUUAUGGAAUUACACACUUCUAAGAGGGCAGAUUUUUUUGGUAUAUUUUAUCGCUGGAUUGAAAAAAAUGGAUAAAGAUUGGGUCCAAGGCCACUCUAUGCCUUAUUUAUCCACCCAUUGGGUAUUUAAUGUAUUCAAAUUUGUUUUAACAGAAGAUCAAAUCGAUAAAUUUAUUGUACAUUGGGGAGGAUUUAUAUUUGAUCUUACUAUUGGAUUUUUUCUUUUCUUCGAUCAAAGCCGUCCUUUAGGACUGAUUUUCUGUCUUACUUUUAAUUUAAUGAACUCGCAGAUCUUUCAAAUAGGAAUGUUUCCUUACAUGAUGAUCGCUUCCAUACCCAUUUUCUAUCCGUGUGAUUGGCCGAAAACAUUUUUGGAUAAAAUGCCCCAAUGGUUUAAGUAUAUAACACUACAUAAACAACUCCCAAAUUACAACCAAAACUGCAUCUAUGCUAUAAAUGAGAAAACACCAAAAAAAUGCGCAAAGAAGAAGGAAAAUUUCAAAAUAAAAUUUCAGCAUAAGAUAGUGACUGGCGGAGUUUGCUUAUUUUUUCUAAUUCAAGGAUUUUUACCAUAUUCCCAUUGGUUAACUAAAGGAUAUAACACGUGGACUCAAGGCCUUUACGGUUACUCCUGGGAUAUGAUGAUACAUAAUUGGAAAUUCGUCCAUACGAAGAUAACAGUAAUCAAUAGGAAAACAAAUGAUUAUCUGUACAUCGAUCCGGAGGCCUGGACCGACAGCUGGAGAUGGCCGAGACACGCGGACAUGGUCAAGCAAUUUGCUAAUUGCAUACAACAACGCAUACAUCAAUUGUACAACAUCUCGGAUAUCGAGAUGUAUAUCGAUGUUUGGAUGUCUCUGAAUGGAAGAUUUACUCAGAGGAUAUACGAUCCAACGGUCGAUAUUUUGAGAGCCGAUUGGUCCCCUUUUCGUGAAGUUACUUGGGUUCUUCCACUCUUAACUGAGCUUUCCGACUGGAGAAAUAAAUUAAUUGAAACGGAAAAUCAUCUAUUCGAUCAAUCUGAAUAUUUGGAUGUAGUUUUUGUGGCAGAUUUUCCAGGUUUCUAUUUAAUAAAUUACGUGGAAGAAGAUUUAGGUAAUACAACUCUACAAAUUCUUAAAGGUGAAGUAGCUGUGGAAUUCCCAAAUGGAAACAAAGUCCAUCUUACUGAAUCAGAUAUAUUACAAAUGCCAGUUGGAGAAUUUCACAAAGUGAUACCUUUGAAACACAGUCCUGUAUGCUAUAUGUAUAUCUAUAUCAACACUACUCAAAUGCAAUUGGAUGACGAAUGGAAGAGAAGCUUGAUCGAUCGAAAUUUUAGUAAAUUCCACGGAAUUAAUCCUCAAAGAAAAAUGGAAUAUUUUAAACAGAAAGAGGAACAGGAAUUAAAAUUAUCAAAGUCAUCAUCCAUGAACAUUUAUAAAAAUAUAAUGCGGAAUAAAUAUUUGAUGUGGAAAAGAAGGCAAGAAAUUUAA